GCGUGGACACGGUGAUGCGUGAUCGGCGCGCCGAUGCCCUCUGGCGCCAAGCAGCUGUGCUGAGCAUGACCUCGGGUCACUCAGCGCUGGAUUGCAGCUCACAGAGCUUGUGGCUGGGCAUCACGGUGGAUGGCAUGGACAUCAGCAAGUCUAAGGUGCCCUUGAACGUCUGCAAGUCCAAGGAGUUCCAGGCCAUGCAUCGCCCAGAGUUGAAGCUUACGCUGGCGGUGGUGGAUGGGCAGGUAGAGCGGUUCUUCCUCAGCGACCCCACAGUCGGCGCAACUGCCAACAAGGACCUCACCAUCAUCACCCACUGCAUUGAGGCUGCCUUGCAAGAAACGCAGAAGCGCGGCGUGGCCUUCCCAAGGAACUGCCGUGUGCGUGCAGACAACGCAUCUGCUGAGACGAAAAAUCAGACGUCGUUCAAGUAUGGCGCCUUCCUCGUCUUCUGCGACAUCUUUGAUGACUUC